AUGUCUGCCGCACAGCUCAAGACUUAUACUCUGCAGGAGGUAGCGCAGCAUAACAGGGAGGGAGACGUUUGGAUCGUUAUUGAUUCAAAAGUUUACAACAUCUCAAAAUUUGCUGACUUGCAUCCGGGAGGUACAGGUAUUCUCUUGACGGAUUCAGUAGCUGGGAAAGAUGCCACCCAGGCGUUCUAUGGUCUGCACCGACACGAAGUGCUACUUCGACCUCAGUAUGCCCGCCUACAGAUUGGGACCAUUACGGGCGAAGAGCCAUUGUACAAAUCUCAAACGGUGGGCGAACCCUCUAAUGUUCCGUACGCGGAGCCAUCAUGGCUCGCCAAAGGAUUUUUCAGCGCUUAUUACAAUGAAAGCCACAAGAGAUUUCAAAGAGCAAUGCGUAAAUUCGCAAUGGAGGUGGUUUACCCGAACGCUGUAGAGUGUGAAGAUAACGGAAAGCGUAUGUCGCCGGAUGUACUGCAGAAACUGUGCGAAAUGAAUAUCCCGGCUAUGCGCAUUGGUCCGGGAAAGCACCUUAAGGGACGUAGCUUACUUGGUGGUAUCGUUGCACCCGAAGAAUUCGACCACUUUCAUGAGCUAAUCGUCAACUUUGAGCUCUCCCGGUUCGGUACCAGAGCGUACUUGGAUGGCUUAUUAGCCGGAGAAGUCAUUGGUCUCCCUCCUAUUCUCAAUUUCGGUUCGCCCGAGCUACAGGCAAAGAUUGUUCCCGAAGUUCUUGAUGGCAAGAAAAUUAUAUGCCUAGCUAUCAGCGAAGCGUUCGCCGGUAGCGACGUUGCAGGAUUACAAACCACUGCUGUACUGGAGGGAAACGAGUGGGUAAUUACUGGAUCGAAGAAAUGGAUUACCAAUGGUGUAUUUGCUGAUUACUUCACUGUCGGCUGCCGAAGCAAGGACGGCUAUGUGGUCAUCCUUGUACCGCGAUCUGACAAUGUUUCAACAAAGGCGAUCAAGACGGCCUACUCAUCCACCGCGGGAACGGCUUACGUCACAUUUGAGAAGACGCGUGUACCCGUUGCUAACACGCUCGGUAAAGUCGGCCAGGGCUUGCAGGUCAUUCUUAGUAAUUUCAACCAUGAACGAUGGAUGAUUAUUUGUACGAGCCUUAGCGCUCAGCGGAUGGUUGUUGAAGAAUGCUUAAAAUGGGUCAAUCAGCGCAUGGUGUUUGGAAAACCACUCAGCUCUCAGGCAGUAGUGCGGUCAAAGUUGGCCAACAUGAUCGCACGAGUAGAGGCUUGCCAGAAUUGGCUAGAGUCGGUAACACAUCAGAUGAACAAUAUGUCAUAUGAAGACCAGUCUGACAAAUUGGCAGGACAGAUCGGACUGUUGAAACAAUUUGUCACCCGCGCUGGCCGGGAAACCGCGGAGGAUGCAACUCAGCUAUUUGGAGGGCGGUCAAUCACCGCAGGUGGUAUGGGUAAAUUGAUUGAGAACUACCACCGCACAUCGCCCUACGAUGCCAUCCUUGGCGGCCAGGAAGACGUCAUGGGAGACCUAGGGGUGAGACAGGCUUUGAAGAAGAUGCCGAAGGAUGCGAGGCUGUAA